GGCGUGAAAAGUAAUUUCUAUAAUUCAUUCUAAUUUAUGACAUUUUAAAAUAUCACGAACUCUCCCGAGUCUUUCAAACAACAAACAAGAACGCGAAAAAAUAUCCAAUAUGGCUGCCUCGAGAGACGGUGUGACACGUGCAGCCGGCUGGCCAAGAAGAAGCACUAGCGGCACUAGCUAUCCCGUACAAGUAACAAAUAAUUAUUCUGUAGAAAGAACAGUUAGAUUGUAAGUAAAAUUUGAGCGGAAAUUUUGCUGUUGAAGUGGUUUUUCGUUAGAUCAAAAGUUGCCAAAUUUUGCCAAGGAGUGAAGCUGUGAAGGCCCUUGCACAUUGUUCAGAUGCGACUGCUUUAUUUUUUACUUCUGAAUUUUAGGUAUCCGUUAACAAAUUAUACUUUUGGAACAAAAGAAGCACUAUAUGAGAAAGAUAGGUAGUGCAUUUUAGAAACUUUUGCAUUAUAAAAUUAUCCAUUUUAUGUAAAACAUAUUUUGACAAAUACAUUCGGUGCAUCGGUUGCAUAAAUUAAUUUCUCCUUUUUUCUAGUUCUGUUUUUACCAGAUUUCAACGAAUGAGGUAUUGUAUUACACUUGUCUGAUUUAUAAGAAAUUUAUUUCAGAUUAAUAAAAAAUAGGUAGAUACAAGUACAUAAUAUGCUUGUCAUGUUACUCUGAGUGUAUAUCCACACCGGCAGGCUUGAAAAAUAUGCCUGGCCACAGUGGGAAUCGAACCUACGACCUUUGGAAUACUAGCGUAACUACACUCAGAGUAACAUCACAAGCAUUUUAUUCGCCUGAGUACACUACACCAACACAGCAAAGUACAUAAUAUAUUUAAUCAAUUCCUGCAUCAUAGUCAUGCACACCCUGACUGGAAAGUUUAGAAAUUGCGUGCCGGAGAUUUUGAAAAUUUAAUAGUAAAUAUAUAUAAAGUAUCCAAAUUGUGUGCCGGAGAUAUCCACCAUGCGAUACAAACUGUCCACACUGGAUGCACACUAACAUAGCUUUUGACCUUCUGUUCAUUUAGGGCUGAAUAUGAUAAAUUUGGAAUGAGAAAGACAGUUGAAGGGGUUUUAAUUGUUCAUGAACAUGGCUUACCACAUAUUUUACUUUUACAACUUGGAACUACAUUUUUUAAACUGUAAGUAAUUCCAGCUGAGAUCAAGGCCUAGUAAAAUGUAUUCUAGUACUAUUGCCAGCCUAAACCUGAUAAAGCUUGCCAGUAAAUGUCAUAGGAUAAAGUCAUUCUAAUAGUAAUUGCAACUAAAAUGUGAAAACAUCUUUGAUAGACCUGGUGGCGAACUGAUGCCUGGUGAAGAUGAAAACGAAGGACUAAAACGAGCAAUGACGGAGGUGGAUUGAUUUGCCAUUUUUUUCCAAAGCUAACAUGUUUUCACAAGUCAUUGUUAACAAGUGGCUGUGUCAGGCUAGUUAAAAACACAUUUAUAUACAUGCAUCUGCCUUACAAAUUCCCUGCUUCUCAGAUUUUAGGUCGCCCAGAAAGUGAUUUGGAAAUGGAAUGGGUCAUUGAAGACAGUCUAGGAAGCUGGUGGAGGCCAAAUUUUGAAGCUCCACAGGUAUGGUUAGGUAUAUUAUUAUUCUACACAUUACUGGCUUAGUGCAAUACCAUUGUAUCAGGAAUGCAAUGAAGGAAAGAGUCAACAUAAAAAAAUAUUGAUAUGUGCAAAUGUCAAAUACUGAAAACAAUUCUCUCACCUUGCUGUUUUCUAGUAUCCGUACAUUCCAGCACAUAUUUCAAAACCCAAGGAACAAAAGAAAUUAUUUUUAAUGCAACUUGGUGAAAAAGGUAACAUGAAACAUCUCAAAUAUAAACUGAGGAUAUGUAUGGCCACAAUUUUACGAGGGCAAAUGAUUGAAUACAGGCUGUACAAUUACGGAAAUUACUAGUAACUAAUUAACUAUACCUUUCGUCAUUACACUACUAUAGCAAACUUUGCCGUGCCAAGAAACUAUAAGUUGGUUGCCGCUCCACUGUUUGAAUUAUUUGAUAACUCCCCAGGAUAUGGACCAAUCAUAGCAAGUCUUCCUCAGCUGCUUAGCAGGUAAUUGCCGAGUCAAUCUAUUUCCAAGUAUAUCAAGAAACAUUCCUACCUUGUAAUUGUAAAAGUACUGUGAUCAGCAAUCAAAUACAUUCAAAGCUACCAGACGUGUAUUCAUUUGAUCUUUUUCAUUUAAGGUUUUCCUUCCUGUACAUGUAACCGACGCAAGACUUGCUUGCUGCUCCAAGCUGUACAAGACCACACAAGACACAACAUUUUAAAAAACCUAUUGAGCAACCACCUAAAUAUACUAUAUGUUUCCAAUCUAUUCUUUGUGAAUUUAUUUAUUUUUUACUCUUAGACUAAUGCUUUGUAUGAAAGGAUAUGAAUUGUAGUGUAUGUAUUAGAUCUUGAUGUCACCUUAUCAAACAUGUGAUGAAUGUUCCUGUACAAAUUUGUGGCACAAUUACAUGUACAUACAUACUAAAUAAUGCAAUGAAGCUUUACACCAAUUCUUUAUGUUCAGACCAUACUAAAAACCCUUGUUUCGGCUGUACCCCGUAGGCAGUAGCCUAAUUUUCAAAGACCAAACAGUAUGUGUUUCACUACUUUUGCAUGGUGACAUCCAAACUUUUUAUGCCGCCAUAUAACAACCAUCGCCAUAAUAUGUAACAAAUUUGGUUACCACAAUGACAGCAAGCCAUGUUCUUUGUAUUUUUUAAAGAUCCACAAUAGUGGACUAAAAAUUUAUUUUAUUUUAACAAAUAAUAAAAAUUAUAUGAUCUAUUGUCAAACAUGUGCUGAUACUCACACGAGAUAAACAACACUCUGAACAAAUCAUAUCGGAAGCAUCCACCAACAAAUUAUAUCGGAUAUUAUCAUUACCAAGGUAAGUCACACAGAUAUAAAUACCAUUGCGAAAGUCUUGCUUGUGCUGUAUUAUCUUGAUGUGGCCCAAUACGCUAGUUUUCUACUCUUCAAAACACUCCAUUUAUGUCGCUUGUAGUACCACGAGGCAAGCACCAGUAUGGAGAAGAUUGACAAUGCCU